AUGGCUUCAGUCGUCAAUACCUUACACGACCCUUUACCGAACAAUGCGACGUUCGUCACAGACAACGGCAGUUUAGCCAAAAAUAGUGGGCUAUUCUCAAGCUAUCUCGAUGGCUACAGCAACACGCAAAUAGUCCUCACUAUCUUGGCCAUCUUGAUUGCCUACGACCAAUGCAUGUAUAUCUGGCGCAAGGGUCCAAUUGCUGGCCCUGCGCUCAAGAUACCGUUCAUGGGACCCUUUAUUCAAGCACUACAUCCCAAGUUCGAUGCCUACCUCACUCAGUGGGCGAGUGGCCCUCUAAGCUGUGUAUCAGUAUUUCACAAGUUCGUGGUUCUCGCCUCCGAUCGUGAUAUUGCACACAAAGUCUUCAAGUCCCCGACAUUCGUCAAACCAUGCAUUGUUCCCAUGGCCGAGACCCUCAUGCGGCCAAGCGCCUGGGUCUUCCUCCAGGGAAAAGCACAUGCUGAGUUCCGUCGAGGACUCAACGGCCUCUUCAUGAACAAAGCUCUCAGUACAUAUUUACCGGUACAAGAGAAGGUCUACGAUGAUUACUUCGGUCGAUUUGUCGCUGCGAGCAAGGCCAACAAGGGCAAGCCAAUGGCUUUCAUGCGUUCUUUUAGGGAGAUUAACUGUGCUCUUUCCUGCCGAACCUUCUUCGGGGAUUAUAUCUCCCAGGAUGCCGUCGAGAGGAUUGCUGAGGACUUUUACAACGUCACAGCCGCGCUGGAGCUUGUCAAUGUUCCGUUGUCUGUAUACGUACCUUUCACGAAGUGCUGGAGAGGCAAGCGUACAGCAGAUGCCGUGCUGGCCGAAUUCGCUUCGUGUGCCGCUGCCUGCAAAGCUAAUAUGGCCACUGGCGCUGAACCGCAAUGCAUUGUUGACCAAUGGGUCUUGCACAUGAUGGAGUCCCAGAAAUACAACGAAAGGAUCGCUGCAGGAGAGGAAGGAGUUGAGAAGCCGAGAAAUCUCAUCCGCCAAUUUACGGAUGUGGAGAUUGGGCAAACCAUGUUCACAUUUUUGUUCGCAGCCCAAGACGCUUCGAGCAGUGCUACUACGUGGCUAUUCCAGAUUCUUGCUCAACGACCUGAUGUACUUGACCGACUUCGGGAGGAGAACCUUGUCGCUCGCGAUGGCAACAAGCAGCGACCAUUUGAGCUAUCAAUGCUCGAAUCGCUCCCUUACACCAACGCAGUCAUCAAAGAACUCCUCCGUUAUCGCCCUCCUGUCAUCUUUGUUCCCUACGAAGCCACAAAGACAUUCCCCGUUACGCCCAACUAUACAGUUUCCAAGGGCUCUAUGAUUGUGCCCUCCUGCUAUCCUGCUCUACACGAUCCUAACGUCUACCCGGAUCCUGAGACCUUCGACCCUGAUCGAUGGAUCACAGGUGAUGCAGAGUCAAAGACCAAGAACUGGCUUGUUUUUGGCGCUGGGGCUCAUGACUGCCUGGCUCGAAAGUAUGUACCCCUUACAAUGGCUGCCAUGAUCGGCAAGGCAUCUUUAGAACUUGACUGGGUGCAUCACGCGACAAGUCGUUCGGAAGAAAUCAGAGUGUUUGCCACAUUAUUUCCUCAGGAUGAAUGCCAACUCGUCUUCACCAAGCGAGAAUAA